AUGGCGGGCCGGGCGCUGCUCAUCCUCGCCGCCGUCCUCCUCCUGUGCGCCGCCGAGUGCCGCCUCGUCCACGCAUGGAAGAGGUCGUACGUGGUGUACCUGGGAGCGCACCCUUAUGGCCGCGAGGCCACGACGGAGGACCACGCGCGCGCCACCGAGUCGCACCACGAGCUCCUCGCUUCCGUCGUCGGGAGCAAGCAGGCGGCGAGGGACGCCAUCUUCUACUCCUACACCAAGAACAUCAAUGGCUUCGCCGCCUAUCUCGAGGAGGAGGUGGCCACCCAGAUGGCAAAGCACCCGGAUGUGCUGACGGUGAUGCCGAGCAAGAUGAUGAAGCUGCACACGACCAGGUCCUGGGGCUUCAUGGACAUGGAGAGGGGCGGCCAGGUGCUCCCGGACUCCAUCUGGAAGCACGGCAAGUUCGGCCAGAACGUCAUCAUCGCCAGCCUCGACAGCGGCGUCUGGCCGGAAUCCAACAGCUUCAACGACGAGGGCAUGGCCCCGGUGCCCAAGCGCUGGAAGGGCUCCUGCACCGACACCGCCAAGUACGGGGUGCCCUGCAACAAGAAGCUCAUCGGCGCCAAGUACUUCAACAAGGACAUGCUGCUGUCGCACCCGGCGGUGGUGGACCGCAACUGGACGCGCGACACCGAGGGCCACGGCACGCACACGCUCUCCACCGCCGCCGGCCGCUUCGUGCCGCGCGCCAGCCUCUUCGGCUACGCCAACGGCACCGCCAAGGGCGGCGCCCCGCGCGCCCGCGUCGCCGUCUACAAGGUCUGCUGGACCGGGGAGUGCGCCACCGCCGACGUCAUCGCCGGCUUCGAGGCCGCCGUCCACGACGGCGCCGACGUCAUCACCGUCUCCUUCGGCGUCGACGCGCCCCUCGCCGAUGCCAGCUCCUACUUCCACGAGGCCGUCACCCUCGGCUCCCUCCACGCCACCAUCCACGGCGUCGCCGUCGUCUGCUCCGGGGGGAACGCCGGGCCCUUCGAGGACACCGUCGUCAACUCCGCGCCAUGGGUCACCACCGUCGCCGCCAGCACCGUCGACAGGGACUUUCCCGACCAGCUCACCCUCGGCAACAACGCCACGAUGAGGGGGAUAAGCCUUGAGGCAUCCGACCUUCACUCCAACAAGCUCUUCCCGCUCAUCAACGGAAGCAGCGCCGCGCUCCCCAACUGCACCGUCAACCUUGCCACAAACUGCGCCACGGGCUGCCUUGACCCGGCCAAGGUCAAGGGCAAGAUCGUCGUGUGCGUCCGCGGUGGGGAUGUCCCGCGGGUCAUGAUGGGGAUGACCGUCCUCAACGCCGGCGGCGUCGGGAUGAUCCUUGCCAAUGGCGAGAUGGAUGGCAACGACAUCCAAGCCGACCCGCACGUGCUCCCGGCCACAAUGAUCACCUACACCGAGGCCGUCUCGCUCUACAACUACAUGUCGUCCACCCCGGAGCCGGCGGCCAACAUCUCGCCGUCCAAAACGGAGCUCGGCGUCAAGAACUCGCCAUCCAUCGCCGCCUUCUCCGCUCACGGGCCCAGCGGCACGCUGCCCUACGUCCUCAAGCCGGACGUCGCCGCGCCGGGGGUGGACAUCCUCGCCGCCUUCACGGAGUACGUCAGCCCCACGGAGGUGGCCGCCGACAAGCGCCGCUCCGAGUAUGCCAUCAUGUCCGGCACGUCCAUGGCGUGCCCUCACGUCUCCGGUGUCAUGGGCCUCCUCAAGGCGGCGCACCCCAACUGGAGCCCCGCUAUGAUGCGAUCCGCGGUCAUGACCACCGCGCGCACCCAGGACAACACCGGCGCGCCUAUGCGCGAGAUGGACGGCAAGGAGGCCACCCCGUUCGCCUACGGCUCCGGCAACGUGCACCCGAACCGCGCCGUUGACCCGGGCCUCGUCUACGACAUCACCCCCAACGGCUACUUCACCUUCCUCUGCUCCCUCGGCUUCUCCACCAAGGACCUGAGCAGGCUCAGCUCCGGCAAGUUUACAUGCCCGGCCAAGCCGCCCCCGAUGGAGGACCUCAACUACCCAUCCAUUGCGGUGCCGGCGCUGCGCCACAGGAUGACGAUCAAGAGGCGGCUCAAGAACGUGGGCCGGCCCGGGACGUACCGCGCAUCGUGGCGCGCGCCUUUCGGGGUCAACAUGACCGUUGACCCGACGGUGCUCAUAUUCGAGAAGGCCGGCGAGGAGAAGGAGUUCAAGGUGAAGGUGGCGUCGGAAAAGGACAAACUCGGGAGGGGCUACGUCUUUGGGAAGCUCGUCUGGUCUGAUGGGACCCACUAUGUGAGGAGCCCCAUCGUGGUAAAUGCCCUGGAUUGAGAUUUUCAUUUUUGUGGUGUGUAGCCCAAGGGAAGGAAGUGUCAGGAGUUUAGGAAUUUUCUUUUUUAGUUUACUGAGAAUGAGAUGAGUUUAUAGGUUUUAGCUCUCCUGGUUGCUAAUAAAUAAACGCUGAAUCUAUUUUGGCUCUAGAGUGUAAAUAAAGUGCAAAGUUUUCUUUCUUGUAAAUUCCCCCUUUCUAGAUAUUGUGGUUGAUGGAAUUUUCUUUAUGUGUUCUCCUCUAAUUCGGUUUCAAUUGAAAAUAUUAUUCAUAAUGAAAACUUUAAAUUGUCACUUCAUUAUAUUUAACGAAACAAUGCUCUAUAUUUACAGAAAUACUAACUGACGAACAUUCCAUGGGAAGGGAAUAUUUUGUAUGUUGGUGCUUAAAAUAGAGAAUAUAUAUGAAGGAUAUCAAGCCCAAAAGCCUAUUGAACGAGCAUACCCUAAAAAGGUUAACAAACAAAUUGUCAUCAAACGUGCUAUUGAAAUAGCAUACUCUAAAAAGGUUAACAAACAAAUUACCAUUGAACGCCAUGUUCGAAAUGGAAAAAGAAGGGACCUAUGUCUGCAGUAUAUGUUAGGCUGCAAUACUCUUUGGACUCUUAUCUUUUCAUGCCUCCCAAGUUUAUGACGAUGAUCAUUUGUUUUGAGAGCAUUGACGGGGCUAGCGGUCAUAAUUGUUGGGAUAUGCGGUAUGCAGGAAGGUCUCUUUGCAACAUUGUGACUGAGAAUUCAGACAUGUGAGGUCAUAGGUGAGACGAUGAUGAUGCCACAGCUGCAGGCGCUUAGGGGGUGAUUUGUCUGUGUGUUGUACUUGGUAGGCUUUCCGACAUGGCUUGGUUUGGCUGUAAUAUCUGUUUAUCGGUAGGUAUGUUGUGAGGUGUUUCACACGUUUUUCUCAAAUAUAACCGGGCCUUGUAGGGUUUUCCAGCCAAGUUUUUCUUGUAAACGGAUCAUUUCUCCCUUAGAUUGAUUUUCUGAAAUUUCUUUGGCGAUAAAUAACUCAUCAAUGGUUGUUCCGUCAAAAAGGAAUUUAUCCGAGUACACGGGUCUUGAUGAUCCUAAGCUUGCCGAAACUGUUAUCACAAGAAUGUAUUGUGUCCCCAAGCAUCCUGCAUUCUCCACGCUUCCCAAAUUGAGCACCUUAAUUAUUAUAACUGAGAUGGUAAUACUAAUUAACUCGACUGGAUGUGCAAGCAAAAUGCUGCUUUAUUUCUUGUGACCCGACUUGCUGCAAUACAAUCUAAUUAAUUAAUUAAUUAAACUCGAAUGCCAAAUUGUUGAAUCGAGGGACCCUGCGUAGCAACGGUUGGAUGGGGACACGAAUGGCAGUCGUACCCAGUCGACGGGGGCAC